AUGAUCACAGUGCACAGCCUGCUGGUAUUUCUUCCCCUCGGGGUUAUCGCAGCACUUCUCAACUGGAACUCGGUGCUGGUUUCGGUCUUCAACUUUCUGGCAAUUCUACCGCUUUCCGCUAUUGUGUCAGAUGCUUCUGACACACUAUCCGAUUAUUUUGGUGAUUUGGUCGGGGGACUGAUUAAUGCGACCUUUGGCAAUGCGGUUGAGUUGAGCACUGGGAUUCUGGCCGUCGCCAGUGGAGACACCUAUUUUGCUCAGUCGGUUAUGAUCGGGAGUAUUUUGUCAGAUAUUCUUUUGAUUAUGGGUGGCUGUCUGAUAUCAGCCUCAUACAACAAGCACAUACUAUAUUUCAAUAUGGCUCAGACGGGUUCCUUGUCCUCCUUGAUGGUUGUCACAGCUGUGGGAUUGAUUCUACCCUCCGUUCUAUAUGCAACCUUUACCUCGGUGGACUUGGAAGAUCAAGUCCUGAGUUUCUCCCGUGGAACUUCCACUGUGCUUCUGGUGCUAUAUGUCGGAUAUCUCUACUUUCAAUUGGGAACGCACGCCCACCUAUUUCAACAAGAACCAAACGCCCCACAGGAAGAUGAAGCUGAUCAAGGUGAAAAUAAAGAGAAGCUGGACCUGUCGAAAACCGUCCUCACCCUUGUCGCCGCAGGCACUUCAAUCGUCAUCUGCUCCCAUUUCUUCCUUGCCAGUGUCCCCGCUACAUCGGCCGCCACCCGAAUCUCUAAAACUUUCAUUGCAACUAUUCUCAUUCCCAUCACUAGUAAUUGUCCCGAAGGCGUGGCGGUGAUCGCCGCUUCGUUCGGGGGCGGUGAUGUAAACUUCGCUAUUAGCGUCAUUGUCAGCAGUAUCUUGCAGAUCGGACUCUUUGCCAUUCCGUUCCUGGUCAUGUUCGGGUGGCUGAUUGGGGUGCCAAUGACGCUCUUUUUCGAGACGUUCCAUACCUUGGUCCUGUUUUUCGCUAUUCUGGUGGUUAACCAAGUUUUGAAGGACGCUAAGUAUACGUAUCUUCAUGGGAGUCUGCUGAUUGGGCUAUACGCGAUAAUCGCGCUUGCAUUUUGGGUCCGCUGA